AUGGAUGUCAAAACUGCCUUCCUAAAUGGUGAGCUCGAAGAAGAAAAUUACAUGAGGCAACCUGAAGGGUUUGCAAACGAGGGAAAAGAGCAUAUGGUUUGCAAACUUGGCAAGGCAAUUUAUGGACUGAAGCAAGCAAGUAGGAGGUGGUAUUUUAAAUUUCACCAAACUAUUUCAUCUUAUGGUUUUGAAAAGAACAUAGCUGAUCAAUGCAUUUAUCUGAAGAAGUGUGGGAGUCGAUUUAUUUUUCUGGUGCUGUAUGUCGACGACAUACUUUUGACUGCAAAUGACCACAAUUUACUGAAGAACACCAAGGAGCUACUUUCAAAUAAUUUUGAGGUGAAGGAUUUGGGAGAAGCUGCUUUUGUGUUGGUUCCAUUAGCUAAAGGAGAUUUAAAGAAGGAGCGUUGCCCCAAGAAUAAAGAAGAAGAAGAAGAGAUGAGGAACAAGCCGUACGCUUCUCUAGUUGGAAGUAUUAUGUAUGCACAAGUGUGUACAAGGCCAGACCUAGCCUUGUGCAUUAGCAACAUUGGAUACCUAGAAAGAAGAUUCUAA